AAUUUAUUCCGAUCGACACGAAGUCAUAUGUUAACCAAUUUCGUGUUUUUUAGCAAACUUGUCAAAAAACAAUAACAUUGCUGCAGAGAAAAACCAUAUUGUUCUUUGUAUUCGGUUUGCUUGAAGAAGUUAACGUUUGCACCUUUUUGGUUAUUUAGUGCCAUUUUAUCGAACUAGCAGUCACUUCAAUUUGGGGUACACAAGCCCUAUUUUGCGUGGACAUGGUUUUAUUAGAAAAUGAGGCGUUUCUUUCCGAACUGACGAAGUUGUUCCAGAAAGCACGACUUGAUGGAUCAGUGACGAUGACUUUUAAGAAAUAUGAUGGUCACAAUUGUCCGACUCCAAGACCAUCGAAACCACCACUGCCAGAACCGUCAGAGCAUAUGUGCUUAGUUAGAGCGAAAUCGAGAGCCAAGAAAAUUGCUACUGUGAUUCACCAGAAGGACGUUAAUAAGUUUCAGGUAGCUUAUAGCAGUUUGCUAAAAGGCAACUUAGACGGUCUUAAAAAAUUGAAAAAAUCGAAAGCUAAGUCGAAGGUAGAAAACACUAAGUAAACUUAUCAAUAACA